AUGGUAGAAACGGACACACCAACAGAUUCACCAUUCACGAUACUAACUCCAACAGAGAAAAUAUGGUUGGUGAUUCUUAUAAGUUGUAGUGGAAUAUGGUCUACAUUAUCAACAUCAAUCUAUUUCCCUGCAUUACCUGAAUUAUCCCAUGAUUUUAAAAUAUCACCAGGAAUGACUAAUAUUUCCGUAGUUACCUAUUUAAUUUUUCAAGGGUUGAGUCCUACAAUAAUUGCAACAUUUGCUGAUUCUUAUGGACGUAGGCCAUGUUUGAUUUAUUGCUUAGUUGGAUAUUGUGCUGUUAAUAUUGCAAUUAGUAGAGUUAAUGUAUUUUGGCUAUUAAUUGUACUUCGAUGUAUUCAAGCAGCUACAAUAUCACCGAUUAUUGCUGUUUCUGCAGGGAUAGUUUCUGAUUUUACUACUAAAUCUAAUCGUGGAAGGUUUAUAGGCAUUAUUCAAGGAAUACAAUUAAUAGGUCAAGGAUUUGGUGCAUUGGUUGGUUCGGGGGUUAUUAGUAGGUUUGGCUGGAGAGGUGUAUUUAUAUUUUUGGCUAUUGGAAGUGGAAGUGUGAUGAUUUGUAUUACUUUGAUUUUCCCGGAAACUAAUAGAAAAAUCGUGGGUAAUUUAUCAGUGAUUCCAAAACAUAUAUGGAAUAAAGCACCAGUUAUCUAUUUGCCAUGUUAUAAGAAAAGAUUAACUAAUGAUUUGGAUACAAUAUCUCCACCACAACUGAUUAAUUUAUUAGAUCCUUUCAGGAUUCUAAUUCAACCAGUGAUAUUCUUUACAUUACUCGCGGGAGGAUUUCAAUUUGCUACUUGGACAAUGUGUUUAACUACAUUAUCCACAUCAUUAGAGAAAUAUUAUGGAUAUCUGAUUAUUCAAGUGGGAUUGUGUUACUUAGCACCUGGUAUUGGAACAUUAGUUGGGUCAAUUGUCACCGGUAGAUUUAUUGAUUUUAUCUAUUCAAGAAAAAUCGCUUCAUAUAAUAAAAAAACUGCAAAUUUAUUAGAAGAAGAAAAACCUGAGUUUGAUUUAUUUUCAGCUAGAUUUGAAACUACCAUAUAUACAACAUUAAUGACUAUUAUAUUUUGUAUUGUUUUUGCGUGGUGUUUGGAUAAAAAAGUUCAUGUUGCUCCAAUAUUAAUUUCAUGUUUCUUUGUUUCAUUUGCUGUUGUUUCUUUCUUGUCUUGUAUGAAUACUUUAUUGGUUGAUAUGUUCCCAUCUAAAGGAUCUUCAGCAUCAAGUUGUCUCAAUUUAGUUCGAUGUUUGUUAUCGGCAUUAUUUGUUGGCACAUUAGAUCCAAUGCAAGAAGCAAUGACUAUUGGUGGAUGUUUUACAUUUAUGGCUGGAUUAUGUUUCUUAUCCUAUUUAUUACUUGUCUAUGUCUCACAUACUUCUAGAGAUAACAAAACAAAAGAUUCUAACAUAAAUAAACGGUUGGAAAAUUGA